UAUGUAUAUUUAUUAUUUUAUUGCUAUAAAUAGAAAAUUUAUUUAAAUCUAUCAUGACACCAAAUUAUACAGAAGUUACAACGUCUAGACCAUUAAAAAAUGCAGACCUUGCUUCAGAAGGGCUUCUUGUUACAGCAUUUACGCUGAUAUUAAGUAUAGGAGUAAUUGGAAACUUAUUUGUUAUAUAUGUAUUUGGACGUAAGUUAAAGUCAAAUCAUCGCUCAACAACAGAGUUGCUAAUUCUUUAUUUGGGCAUAACUGAUCUAUUGUCUUCAAUACUAAAUCCAUCAUUGUUUAUAUAUUGGACGUUAACGAACUAUAGUCGAUGGGAUUUUGGUAACUUUGGUUGUCAUGUUUUCCCUACAGUUGGUCCAAUAAUGACAUCAAUUUCAUCUGGUUUGCUUAUAACAUUUGCGAUUGAUAGAUAUAUAGCAAUAGUUACUCCGUUCCGCGGAACGUUAUCACGAAAAACUGUUAGUAUAGCAUUUAUAAUAAAUAUUUUAAUAUCAACCUGUUUUUACUUUCCUUACAUUAUUGCACUGAAGUUUGAUCCAACACUAAAGAUAUGUAAAAUUCCGUACCCAAGCGAAUACAGCUAUGGAGUACCAAACUGCAUUUUUAUAAUAUUACGUCUAUGUUUGUUUGCAACGGUGUUUAGUUUUACUAACAUAAAAAUCUUCAAAACGUUAAGAAAACGUAACACAAGUUUUAAGAGAAUGGAAGAUCGAGUCGAACGUCUGAAGCAGUCUAAAAAAAUUAUGAGUGUUUUAUUUACAAUGGAAGUUGUGUUUACUUUGCUCGUUUUCCCUAGAGAGUUGUUUUAUUUAGGAUACAAUUUAUUUAUUUUGUCGACAAAGAGCAAGAUGUAUUCAAAUCCCACUUUAACUCAAAUAAAUUCAUGGUUAAAAGUUGCUCAUACAGCAAAUAGUUGUGCCAACAUUUUUAUUUACUCAAACAUGCAUACUGUUUACCGGAAGCAAAUUAUAAGGACUUUUUUAUAUUUUGGAAAAUUUAAGAGAAGCCGAAAACUUUCUUAUCCCACGACUUCAUAUAGUAGCGAGAAAAGAUCUAGUAUUAUGAAGCAACUAUCAUUAAAAAUCAAAUAAAUAUUGAACAAGCUUGCAUUCAAUUUCAAUAAACUCAAAAGACCAAAUAAAACACAAAUAAAACGUGGUUAUUUUUACUUUUAUUAGGUUUCUAAAACUAUGUUUUAAAAAUUUAGCAAUUUGUAUUAAGUAGAAAAAAACUCUAUAAUCUAUACUAUCAAA